AUGAAUGUACUUGGUUCCGCAACGAACUCCACAACAAGCCUUUUACACGGUCAAGUGGCCCUGAAUGUGGUGGAAAGGUUAUGGGCAGAUUGGUAUUUGUACAUUGGGAACGAUAUGCUUGCAACGGGACUUUUGUUCUUUUUAGUUCAUGAGACUAUGUAUUUUGGUAGAUGUUUGCCAUGGUUCAUUAUCGAUCAGAUGCCAUAUUUUAGAAAAUACAAGAUUCAACCUGAUAGCGUACCCACCAACCAACAACAAUGGGAAUGCUUUAAAUCAGUUCUCAAAUCACAUUUCUUGGUUGAGGCUUUACCUAUUUGGUUGUUCCACCCAUUAUGUGCCAAGCUAAAUAUCGUCUACGGCGUCCCAUUCCCCUCAUGGAAGAUUCAAGCUGCUCAAAUUGUAUUCUUUUUCAUUUGUGAAGAUUUAUGGCACUACUCGUUCCAUAGACUUUUCCAUUAUGGCUGGUUCUACAAAAACAUUCACAAAAUCCAUCAUAAAUACGCAGCACCAUUUGGAUUUGCAGCUGAAUACGCGCACCCGGCCGAAGUGGCAGCAUUGGGAGUUGGAACUGUUGGAUUCCCGAUUCUCUAUGCAUACGUUGCAACCAACAGCGAUCAGUUGCCGCCAAUUCACUUGUUCACAAUUACUUGCUGGAUUGUUUUGCGAUUGUUUCAAGCCGUUGACUCACAUUCGGGAUACGAUUUCCCAUGGAGUUUGAAUAAAUUCUUCCCAUUUUGGGCUGGUGCUGAACAUCACGACCAACACCAUCACUACUUUAUUGGAAACUAUGCUAGUUCGUUUACAGUUUGGGAUCGCGUUUUUAGUACCGAGUGUGGACAGUUGGCCAAGCAGAGAAGAGAAAAUAGGGCAAACCAAAAGUCAGAGGCACACUAUAAGAAGACAUUAAUGUCAAGAUUAAACGAAUAUCAAGUCAUCGGUCGUCGUUUGCCAACCGACUCUGCUCCAGAACCAAAGUUGUUCCGUAUGAGAAUCUUUGCACCAAACACCGUUGUUGCUAAGUCAAGAUACUGGUACUUUUUACAAAAAUUGCACAAGGUCAAGAAAGCCUCUGGUGAAAUUGUUUCAGUCAACAUCAUCAACGAAGCUAAGCCAACCAAGGUCAAGACCUUUGGUAUUUGGAUCAGAUACGAAUCAAGAUCUGGUAUCCACAACAUGUACAAGGAAUACAGAGAUGUUACCAGAGUUGGUGCCGUUGAAACCAUGUACCAAGAUUUGGCUGCUAGACACAGAGCUAGAUUUAGAAGCAUCCACAUUUUGAAGGUUGUUGAAUUACAAAAGGCUGAUGAUGUCAAGAGACAAUACGUUAAACAAUUCUUGACCAAGGACUUGAAAUUCCCAUUACCACACAGAGUUCAAAAGACCAAGGCUUUGUUCUACAGCAACAGGCCAUCCACCUUCUACUAA